AUGUCUCACGCUUUUUACGCCGAUGCUUGGGGGCGGGCAGCUCGGCGCCAACGCAACUGGUAUAUGGAGAACUUGAUGCCAGCUUUACUCAAUGCUAAGGAGAAACAAGCGCGGGAGAUCGAUGCCAUGAUCGAACAAGCCCAAGAAUUGUUGGGGAUUUACAAAGAGCCAUUAGACAAGGCUGUACCAGUGCCGCCGCGCGUCCUGGAACCCUGGGCCGAUGACAGCUUAAUGAAGCCGAUUGAGCCAGAAGUGCUCAACUUGCUCUACGGCGCUACUGAGAAGGGCGCCGCGGAACGUUACCUUAAAGCUAGGAACAAAAAGUCGCCGGAUGAUAAGUAUGUCUUCCGUGCAGUAACAAGCUGGGACUACGGAUGGCAGCAGAAGCAGUCCAGAGUCCGCGCCAGGGACGUCAACCGCGGCCGCUGCGCGAUACUACGCGACACGUUCUAUCGGAAGAAUAACCUCGGGCCUGAUCCGAGGCACUACUCCAUCCCUGCUGGUGGAGAAGUUUCCAUAUGCAACGAAUACUCCUGCGAUGCAAGUUGA